CCUUCAGUGAAACUGAAAGUUCCUCAGAGUUACUGUGCAACUGAAGUCAUGAGAUGAGUCUCUCUGUUUCUCUCUAAAAGACAAUUCAAGAGUUCACCAGGCUUCUCCACGACACAGCGGUUUCUCUGACGAACACCGCAGCUGACGGAAACCUUGGAUGUGCACGCCCUUCCUCUUUUUCCAUAACCAGCAUGAACACCAGUCGGCCGUACUUAGACAGGAACGUCUUUUGAAUCAGCUAAUUCUCAAAGACAUGGCUGCAGCCAGUUGUCUGCUAUCUGAAGAUCAGUUUCUGUGCUCCAUCUGUCUGGAUGUGUUCACUGAUCCAGUCUCCACACCAUGUGGACACAACUUCUGCAAGACCUGCAUCACUGAACACUGGAAUAUUAAUGACAGCUGCCAGUGUCCCAUGUGUAAAGAGGUUUUUACCAGCAAACCUGAGCUGUACAUCAACACUUUCAUCUCAGAGAUGGUUGCUCAGUUCAGACAGAUGGCUCAACAGGAAGCCAGCAGCAGCAGCUCAGAGCAACAAGGGUCCAAACCAGGAGAAGUUCCCUGUGACGUCUGCACUGGGACCAAACUGAAGGCCCUGAAGUCCUGCCUGGAUUGUCUGGUCUCCUACUGUGAGACUCACCUGGAGCCUCAUCUGACAGCUUCACGUCUGAAGAGACAUCAGCUGAUCGACCCUGUGAAGAACCUGGAGGGCAGGAUGUGUAUGACGCACGAUAAACCUCUGGAGCUGUUCUGUAAGACUGACCAGACAUGUGUCUGCAUGCUGUGCACUGUUUUAGACCACAAGACACAUGAUGUUGUUCCUCUGAGAGAAGAAUAUGAAAGAAAGAAGGCAGAACUGGUAAAGACAGAGGCUGAAAUUCAGCAGAUGGUCCAGAAGAGACGACUGAAGAUUCAGGAGAUCAAACAGUCUCUCAGCUGUAGCAAUGAAAAUGCUGACAGAGAGAUUGCAGAAGGCGUUCAGAUCUUCACUUCUCUGAUGGAGUCUGUUGAGAGAGGCCUGAAUGAGCUCAUUGACACGAUAGAAGAGAAGCAGAAAACAACUCAGAAACGAGCUGAAGAUUCCAUCAAAGAGCUGGAACAGGAAAUCUCUGAGCUGAUGAAGAGAAGAACUGAGGUGGAGCAGCUCUCACUCUGUGAAGACCACCUCCAUCUCCUACAGUGUUUCCCUGCCCUGGAAACUGCUCUACCCACCAAAGACUGGACAGAGGUCAGCGUCCAUCCAGCAUCAUAUGAGGGGACUGUGGUGAGAGCUGUGGCUCACCUGGAGGAGACGCUCAGUAAAGAGAUCACUGGUCUGAAUAAAGCAGAGCUCAAGAAGGUCCAAAGGUAUGCCAUUAAUGUGACUCUUGAUCCUGGUACAGCACAUCCCUGCCUCAUUCUGUCUGAUGAUGGGAAACAAGUCCAUCAUUGUGAUGUAAAGAAGAAUCUUGCAGACAACCCAGAAAGAUUUUCUAAUACCAUUUGUGUUUUAGGAAAGCAGAGUUUCUCUUCAGGCAGAUUUUACUAUGAGGUUCAAGUUCAAGAGAAGACUAAAUGGACUAUAGGAGUGGCCAGAGAGUCGAUCAACAGGAAAGAGAACAUCCCACUCAGGCCUGAAGAGGGCUACUGGACUAUAUGUUUGAGAAACAGAAAUCAGUACAAAGCCUUUACUGGCCCUGAUGUCUAUCUCCGUCUGAGAUGGAAGCCACAGAAGAUCGGGGUGUUUGUGGAUUAUGAGGAGGGUCUGGUCUCAUUUUAUGAUGUAGGUGCUGCAGCUCUUAUGUACUCCUUUACUGGCUGCUCCUUCACUGAGAAACUCUACCUGUACUUUGGUCCUUGUCCAAAUGAUGGUGGUAAAAACUCUGCACCUCUGAUCAUCACUCCUGUCAAUCGCAAUGCUUAGAACAGUUUCUUGACUUUAAAUGAAAGUAAUCAGUGUGUAAAAUGACAUAUUCAUGUGUAUUUCUUUUCUUCUGGUUCUGCUUCAUUUAGUUAUUGCCUUUUGUUAUUAUAGCACCUAGGUUUCUCCAUGCUGAUUAUUUAACCUCUGCACAACUGUGGGACACACCAAUGUGUCUGAAAUGAUGGAAUAAGUAGAAUACUCCCAAUGUGUGUGAAGGUUCAGAUCCUAAUGUUACAGGAUCCUGGGUUUGGAUGUUUUACUCAAAAUAAGGUCAUAUAGCUUUAAUAUGUCUGUAACUGUUCCAAAGCCUCAUGAAAUAUAUUUCCACACAAACAAGAAUCCAUUAUUUGCGUUGUGGUUGCAGAUCUACGCAUUCAGUACUUUCUUGUCCAAUCAGUGUACAAAUAAAAAAUGUUGGAUUUUGACAAAGAUGCAUUAAUACAAUAUCAUUUUGCUACCUGUAUGUCUCACGUCACAAUUUGUGAGUUGUUAUGUGUAAAAUUGAAGUUUUCAUGUGUAACUAAAGCUGAAGGUGUGUUGUGUUCAAAAUUGCCAUGAAUAAAUAUUUUUCAAUAACUAA